AUGGACGGCAUGCAGCCCUACAACAACGGCACUCCGGGUGCCAACGGCGCAAACGGAGAUGGUUAUGGAACUCCCGUUGCUGCCGGCAUGGGUUAUCCGCCCAACGCCAACGAGCUCACUGGCCCUGGCAACUCCCCUGAUGGCAACAAGACGACCCUCUGGAUGGGAGAACUCGAGCCUUGGAUGGACGAGAACUUCAUCAAGGGUGUCUUUGCCACUGCCACCGGUGAGCAGGUCAAUGUGAAGGUCAUCCGUGACAAGAGCUCUGGCAAUGCUGGAUACUGCUUCGUUGAGUUCAACUCGACUGAUGCUGCCUCCAAGGCUCUUGCCCUCAACGGCACUCCGGUCCCUAACUCGGCCCGUAUGUUCAAGCUCAACUGGGCAUCUGGCGGCGGUAUCAACGAUCGCCGUGAUGACCGCGGUCCCGAGUUCUCCAUCUUCGUUGGCGACCUCGGCCCUGAGGUGAACGAAUUCGUCCUCGUCUCGCUGUUUCAGGCUCGCUUCCCCUCCUGCAAGUCUGCUAAGAUCAUGACCGACGCUGUGACCGGACAGAGCCGUGGUUACGGCUUCGUUCGCUUCACGGACGAGCAGGACCAGCAGCGUGCUCUGGUCGAGAUGCAGGGCGUCUACUGCGGUAACCGACCCAUGCGCAUCUCCACCGCGACGCCCAAGAACCGUAACCACGGCCCCUACGGCGCCCAGCAGGGCCACCAGAUGCCUCCUGCCAUGCACCCUCACCAGCCUCAGGCCUUCUACGGUGUCCCCCCCGGUCCCCAGUUCAACCAGGGCUAUGGCGCUGCUCCCCAAUUCCAGCAGCAGCAGAUGAACCAGUUCACCGACCCCAACAACACUACGGUUUUUGUUGGUGGUCUUUCUGGCUACGUUACCGAGGAUGAGCUCCGCAGUUUCUUCCAGGGCUUCGGUGAGAUCACCUACGUCAAGAUCCCUCCUGGAAAGGGCUGCGGCUUUGUGCAAUUUGUCCACCGCCACGCCGCUGAGAUGGCCAUCAACCAGAUGCAAGGAUACCCCAUCGGUAACUCUCGCGUCCGUCUCAGCUGGGGCCGCUCGCAGAACAACUCGGGCGUUGGUACGCCUUACCGUCCUGCUCCUCCCCCUCCCCACUACUUCGGUCCUCCUGGCCCCGGUGGCCCUGGCUAUGGCCCUCCCUUCGGCGGUCCCCCUGGCCCUCAGGGUCCUCCUGGUCCUCCUCAGGGCCCUCCCGGCGGCGGUCCUCCUCAGCAGGUUUGUGUACCCUAA